AUGCGCGUCGCGGCGACGAACGCGACGGGACACCCGCGCGUGCGCGCGGGCGCGCGCGCGAGCGAACGCAGAGGGGCGUCGACGCGCGCGCGCGCGAUGAAAUCGACGGGCAUUUCGAUGGAUGAUCUGAAAUCGAACGAUAAGCGCCGAGCGGUGGUGGAGAUCGACGGCGUCGGUCCGCUGUUGAUUCAGGAGUUCGCGGGAGACGUCUUCGCGAUGUCGAACAAGUGCCCGCACCUCGGAUUGUCGAUGCAAGGGAAGACGGCGUUGUUGUCCGCGACGGUGGAGGAUGGAAAGGUGACGUGCAACGCGCACGGGAGCGCGUUCGACAUGAAGACGGGCGCUCCGGUGGGAGAGUGGUGCCCGAAGCUUCCGUCUUUACCGGUGGUCGGUAAGGGGUACUGCGGAGACGCAAAGCCGAUCGCGACGUACGCGGUUUCUGUCGACGAAGCGACGGGCGCGAUCAGCGUCGACGCGUAG